AUGGCAUAUACAUCACACAUCCUGGAUCAAGUAAAAGCUCUGGGUUUCCAGCAAGCCACUGCUACAUCCAUUUCAUUAGGAAUUGAUGAUCUUUUAACGAUACCUUCUAAGGGAUGGCUAGUCCAAGAUGCUGAACAACAAAGUUUGAUUUUGGAAAAACACCAUCAUUUUGGGAAUGUACACGCGGUAGAAAAAUUACGCCAAUCAAUUGAGAUAUGGUAUGCUACAAGUGAAUAUUUGCGACAAGAAAUGAAUCCUAAUUUUAGGAUGACUGACCCGUUUAACCCAGUCCAUAUAAUGUCUUUUUCAGGAGCUAGAGGAAAUGCAUCUCAAGUGCACCAAUUAGUAGGUAUGAGAGGAUUAAUGUCGGAUCCCCAAGGACAAAUGAUCGAUUUACCCAUUCAAAGCAAUUUACGCGAAGGACUGUCUUUAACAGAAUAUAUCAUUUCUUGCUACGGAGCCCGAAAAGGGGUUGUGGAUACCGCCGUACGAACAUCAGAUGCUGGAUAUCUUACGCGCAGACUUGUUGAAGUAGUUCAACACAUUGUUGUACGUAGAACAGAUUGUGGCACCACCCGAGGGAUUUCU